AUGCAGCUUUUGAUAUCAACUAUUACAGGAAAAACUAUUAGCAUCCCUUUUGAGCAAUCAGAUAAUAUAAGAUUAGUUAAGCUUAAAAUACAAGAAUAAGAAGGCAUUUCUUUUAAUUAAUAAAGGAUAAUAUUUUAAGAAUCUGAAUUAGAUGACAAUAAAACACUUUCUUAAAUUGGGAUUACAAACAAUACAAUAUUAUAAUUAUUAUUAAGAUUAAAAGGAGGGGGUUAAGUUUUUAUCAAAACAAUGGCAGGGAAAACAAUUACAGUAUCUGCAGAAUACAAUUAAACUAUUAAAGAACUUAAGAAGACCAUCUAUGAAAGAUGUGGAAUUCCACCGCAAUAACAAAGAUUGAUAUUUGGAGGAAAGAUUUUAGAUGAUCAAAAGAAAGUGGAAGAUUACAAUAUUCAAAAAGAAUCAACAAUCCAUAUGGCAGAAAGAUUAAAAGGUGGAAACUCAACUAUAUAUUGAAG